UGCGUCAGUAUAUCGUACUUGCACCGUGCGUGACAAAUUGUUUAGUAUGGUUAAAAGAUUUCAGAACUAUUUGGGAUUAUAUGUUGCGGAACUAAGAAUGAAACUUGAGAGGUGUCCCAUAGCGAGGGUGUAAGGCAGAGUGUUGGAGGCGGGGGUAAGAGUGGCCAGUUUCACCGAGUCCUGGUCGAGUCCGAGUACUCGGUUCCAGACUGCAAGGAACCUAUUGUGACGGGCGAUAUACAUCAACAACCAACUGUUAAAAUAAGAGGAAUAGAAAACAAUAAAUCGAAAGCAGACGACGGCGCCGAGGAACAAACGCACCCAAAUACUUCUAAUGACAGUGACUACUCUCUUAUAGAGGAAUGUAAGGCGCUGAUAAGUGAAGCCGCAGACAGGGCCGUACAUAGAUCGCUAAGCCGAACCAGCAAGGUCGAACAAGUCACUGAUAUAGACGAAAUUCGUUUGGAAGAGGCUGUUGAAGAAGUGCAAGUUAUAGAACAAGCUAAAUCAGUAUCUGUUCUCCAAGUCGAACACGUGGAACCUUAUCCUCCCUGUGAUAAUUUGUACAGCAACAUUGAAGCGGAUGGUAAGUCACAAAUUGACGUAAACGCAUCUGAAGUUAAGACGGAAAAGGUAGAAACUAAAAUAGCUGAACCUGUUAAAAGAAGCGACACAGACGUGAGUUAUGCACUCAAGUGUGGAAUAUUAACAGGUUCAACUGAGAAUAUUUUCGAUCCCAAUAAAAAAGAAAACACAGGUAAAAAACGAAAGUCAAAGUCGGCUGACAAUAUAUUCCAACGGGAAGUUAUUGAAUCAGUGAAGGAGCAUUUUGAAAACAAAGAUAAUUUGGACACAGAAAACAAAACACCAGCGACAAAGCGUCCCAAGGGUAGUUUCGUUGCAAAAAUGUUUAAAUUUAGCAAAAGAAAACCUAGAACUGAUGCAGAUAUUUCUGUAGAAAUUAAAACUCAAUCGAAACAUGACAUUGUUGAAGAAAGUGUCCCAGAAAACAGCGUUCAACCUGUUAAAUCAGAGGAUUCUGAAUUUGGCAGUAGUGGGCAAUAUACUAAAAGAAAUCGUGAAGUUAGGAGAUUGAAUUCACUUGAUAGUGGAAUUGUAGUUGAUAAAAUUAGUGACCAGGCAACAAAUGGUGCAGUGGAAUAUGCUGUUGUACAAAAGACAAAGCCAAAAAUAAAAGAUUUGAUAAAAACGAAAGAAGAGGUGUCACUGCAGGCAGAUACUGAAGACAUUACGAAAACAGUGUUACAAAGAAGUGGCACUGAAAAUGUCCAAAGUGCUAAAGAAGACAGAAAAUGUGAACAUACAGAUGUAGUUUAUAUAAAUGGUGACAAGACUGAUGAGGACUUUGUUUACAUUAAUGAAAGACCUGUUGAUGUUGAAGGUUUAGUUGAACCCGUAAAGACUAUUGUGUCAGAAACAUUACCAUCAUUGACCAGUGCUGAAACAGUGAAUAAAACAGAAGAAAAACAAUUGUUUGAUGAUGAAAGGCAGUCUAAUGCAUCAAACGAUUCUGGAACAAGUUCUGGGUCAAUAAUAAGAAGAUCUGAUAUGCUAACACCGGAGAAGGCAAAUUUUAAGAAAAAGAGUUGGUCUUUUCAAUUUGGAGGAAAAAAGAAACAAUCUGACGAGCUGGAAUCAGCCAGUGUUGUUUCAAUGGACCCAAAUGCUUCCCAGACAGUAGAAACAAAGAAACCGAAGUGGAGAUUUGGAAAAUUUUCUUUUCGUAAAGGAAGUGAUGAUGUUUCAACUUCUACUCCAAAUCUCCACAAGGCUGGAAUUCCUGAGGAUGGUGCUGAGGUGACAAUGAGAAAACAGUCUGAGGACAAGAAGAAAACGAAACUGAAGAAAAUAAAAGCUAAAAAGGAGAAGAAAAGGUCAUCAAAGAAGAUUGGAAGCUCACUUGAUCAGAGAAGCACCUCAAUGAUAGAUAUUGGUAGAGGAGAACCUUUGGCACCAAGGUCAAGGAGAAGUAUUGUCGAGGAAGAUCUGGACUUUACUCAGACAGAUGUCUUUGAGGGUGUUUCAUUGUCUGAUCUGUCACAAGAUGAAGAACCAGAGGUGUCUACAAAUCCUGCGGGCGGGCAAAUUGGGACAAAGAAAGCCAGUAGUAAGAAGGGCAAUAUGACAGUCUUAAACAAAACUAUCGACUUGGUCAAGUCUACUGUGGAAACAAAAACUGAAAAAAUCGUGAAGCAAGCAUCUUUAGACAAAACUGUUGCAAUAGAGAAAAGUGACAAAACUAAACUUACAAAAUCUGAUUCCUUAGAGGACAACUCUACAAAAGCUACAGAUACUUUAGGUAAUACUGUAGCUGAAUUGCAUGCUUCUUUAAAUCCAGAAAAUACUGAAGAUGAAUAUGUUAAUAUUGUAAAUGCAAAGUCAGAAUGUACCGAAAGUGCUAUACCACAAGACACUAAAAUCGUAACAGAAGAUGUAGAAUAUGCACAAGUUGUAAAAACAAAGGUAAAAGAAAUUCAAAUUGAUAAAGACAAAAGUAAACAAAAGAUUCAGUCCUCUGUUCCAGAAAAAGUUCUUAAACUCAAUACAGUCAAAGUAUUAAAUGCUGAAACAAAUGAGGUAGGGAAAAUACCAGCUGAAAAUACCAACAUUACUGAAACUUUGAAAACUGGAAGUACAAAAGAAGAGUCAAAAGCAGAAGAAUCUGAACAAAUGUCAGGUGAAACUGCAUUUUCCAAUAUGAUUUAUUCUGAUGAAGAAUUUAGAGCCACACUAGCCAAUAUGGUGAAAACAAAAAGUGAUCAUGAACAUGAAGAUGAAAGUGAUGCUUAUGUUGAACUGCAGCAAAUUGUUGAAGACUUUAGUGGAAAGAAAGAAACUUCACAGGAAAAAGUUAUUGAGAAUACUGAGAUUAAAACUAAAUCAGCUGAUUUAGAUGAAGCUGAAGAAGUAAAGACGGUGAAGGCAGUUGGUAUCAGUAGUGUUGCUGCUGAGGUAGUUACUGGAAAGACUGAUUCAAACAUGCAAAGCAAUACAGAUGAUAUUAGUGGUAUUGUUAAUGAAGUAGAUAUUAAAAAGACUGAUUCAGCCCCACAAGAAACUGAAACUGUUAAGCCAGCUGUAAAUGAGAUGACUGAAAAAUCUGUAGCAAUGCCAGUAGAAAGUUUAAUAACACCAGAUAUAAAUAAAACACCUGAAAGCACUGAAACAGACAUACCUUCAGUUACAAAGGUAAUAAGGGAGGGAAGUGUAAUAGUUCUGAAAGAUGUGGGUGUUCAAGUACCUGACAUUUAUAUGCCUCUGGACAAAGAUAAAGAUUUUGGUUUCACUGCAAACAAUGUUCCCUGUGUCAGUAUAGGCAUUCAGGUUACAGACAAAGACCUUGACAUUGAACAUGUUGUUGUUUCUAUUAACACCGAAGAGAGUUCAGAAAAAGUUUCUCCUGCAUACUUCUGACAGUGAAUACAUAACAUUUUGGUAAACUUGUAUAACUUGAGUUGUCACUGUACGAAAGAUUUACUAAUAAACAUCAAUAACUUAAAUUUUAGAUGUGAACAGGAUGCACUACAUGGGAUAGAAUCAUCUGUCGAUGUAAUAUACCCAUGAUAUGUUUGUACAAUAUUAUUAGUUUAAUUAAAGAAUGGAAAGAUGUCAUUUAACGAGAAAAAAUAUUAUUAUUAAAGCUGCGGAAUCAUGAACAUACCGGUAACUAAAUAAUGAAAAAUACACAUGCAACCAAUCUAAGGAAUUUCUCUUAAUUAUGACUGCAAAUAAAAAGAAAGGAAAAAAAAUGUUUCUAUAAUAAUCAUAGGAAUUGUAUUUGUUCAUGCACUAGGCGAUUUGAAUCAAUCUUUAAGGUUAUAUUGAAUCAAAAUUUCUGAAAACUGUGGGAGGAAAAGUUUUGACUUGUACAUAAGAUAGAAAAAAAAAACGAUGCCAGUAUGUACAUACAUACUAGUAAAUGAUAAAGCUACUAAUAUAUUAUAUUCCAUUGCUGUUUUUUUUGUAAUCAGAUAACUAUGUUUAAUCAAAUUUAUUCAUUUCCCCACAUAAUUCAUUCCUACAUUUUAUAUCAUUCAUUAAAAAAAAAAAAGAUUUACUCCCAGUAUAUAAACUGCAUGAUUACCUCAGUAUUUUAUGCAUAUUAUCAUUGCCAUUGAUGUGUACAGCAGAUAUGUAAAUUAGAUGCAAUAUAACGAGGCAAGCAGAUAUAUUAUGUCAUGUCAGCUUUGCUGUUGUAUAAAAAAUAAAAUACAAUAUAUCAUCAUAA